ACACCCUCUUUUUUUGCUGUUCCCGCAGAAACUUUACGCCGGUGAAGCGCCUUCCACACCUCCGCCGUCGACAUGCCGCCCAGCCAGCAGAUCACGCCGCCAGUCCUGGAGAAGAACGCCGCCAACCUGGCGUCGCCCGCCCAGAGCGACCUGGUCAACUUCUACAAGGGGCAGAACAUCCUGAUCACCGGCGCCACGGGGUUCAUGGGCAAGGUGCUUCUGGAGAAGCUGCUGUACACGUGCCAUGAAGUGGGCACCAUCUACAUGCUCAUCCGGACCAAGAAGGGCCAGCAGCCCGAGCAGCGACUCGACACCAUCUUCGACAGCCCGAUGUUUGAACGGCUCCGCGAGGAGCGGCCCAAGUUCCGGCACCACCUGCAUGCCGUGUCCGGAGACGUGGGCGAGCCCGGCCUGGGCCUGUCCGCCGAGGACCGCGUCACGCUCGCCGACAAGGUCAACAUCGUCUUCCACUGCGCCGCGACGGUGCGCUUCGACGAGGUCCUCAACGUGGCCGUCAACAUCAACGUCCGCGGCACCAAGUGCGUCGUGGACCUGUGCAAGGAGAUGAAGGACCUCAGGGUCUUCAUGCACGUGUCCACGGCGUACGCCAACUGCCCCAAGCAGCACAUCGGCGAGGAGAUAUACGACAUGCCCUUGGACUGCGAGCGCGUCAUGCGGCUCUCCGACGCGACCGGGGGCGACCCGAAGCUCAUCGAGGCCCUGACCCCAGCGAUGCUCGGCGACUGGCCCAACUCGUAUUCCUUCACCAAGGCCGUGGGUGAGAGCGUCAUAAAAAUGCAUCGCGGCGCCCUGCCCGUCGGCAUCUUCAGGCCGUCCAUCGUGGUCAACUCCGCGAGCGAGCCCUUGCCCGGCUGGAUCGACAACCUGUACGGCCCCGGCGGCGUGGUGCUCGCCUCGGGCGGAGGCCUGAUGCGCGUGCUCAACGUGGACGGCAAGAAGCUGGCGGACCUGGUGCCCGUCGACAUGGCCUGCAACGCCCUCCUCGCCUCCGCCUGGGAGACGGCCUCCCUCACACCGGAAGAGCGCGCCGCCGAGGUGGACGGCGUGCCCAUCUACAACUACAUCUCGUCCACCGACAACCCCUUGACAUGGGACCUUUUCAUGCAGCACACCUCGUACUACGGAGACCGGAUGCCCGUCAACCAGGCCGUGUGGAUCUACUGCCUGUCCUUGGUCCCCGGGAGGUGGGCCUAUUUGUUUCUAAUCGGUCUUCUUCACUUCCUCCCUGCCCUCCUCGUCGACAUCGUGUGCGUUGCUAUUGGCAACAAAUUCAGAGCGAUACCUGUUUACAAAAAGAUCUACAAAUUUUCUGAAGUGAUUGCGUACUUUGGCUUGCGUGAGUGGUACUUUAAAAACCACCACACGAAAAACCUCUGGCGACGACUGAGCCCCAAGGAUCAGGAGCUCUUCGCCUUCGACAUCACGCAGAUCGAUUGGUUCAAGUACCUCGGCGACUACACCAAGGGCAUGCGCAUCUUUAUGUUCAAGGAGAACCCCACCACCAUUCCCCAAGGCUUGGCCCGACGCAGGAGAUUCUGGUACCUGCACCAGGCCGUCCGCGCCGCCAGCGCCUACCUCGUGCUGCGGGCGUGCUGGGCCGUGCUCGUCUGGCUGGUAGUCGGCAGGCCCGAGCUGGUCGCGGCCGUGCAGGCGAGCUGAUCCCGGGGCGAGCGGCGGUCGCUCUGACCCCACCUGAGCAGCAGCAGAGGGCCCUGCGCGCGGCCCUGGCGUUGGCAGAUGAUGGACACUGCACAGUGCUAUUUGGUAAUGCCGGUGCAGCCGGAGGCAUACGCUGUUGCACCACGGGGGCGCGAGCGCCGCACCGUGGUGUGCCAGGCACACUGUGCCCCGGCCAGGCGUCACGAGCGUGACCGGCAUCGCCUAGUCACUCGCGGCUCGUGCUUCGGCAACGAGCCACUGCGCAGCAUCGCACACCACCACGGUCAAGAUUGGCGCGCCCGAUAAGAAAGAAUAACAAAAGGAGAGUCCGCGUCACCAGGAUGCGCUGCGACGUCUGAUUACGCUAUUUUGGCAAAACAUUUUCAAAAAAAAAAGGAGGACACUAAAUAUUGGUGGAAAUCUUGUACAGUAGUUAUAGUUCUCAAAGUCUUUGUUGUAUCGUUGUUUUGAGGGGGCCACCACUUCGAUAAUUGCCUGAUCUGAAUACGUCGUAAAGAUUUCAGAGAGGAUCGGCAUAGUAUUUUGGGGCUGUUCAGUUGUGGCUUGUCCCAUUCCGUUGUACAUAAGUCCCGGUGUGAUAUAUUAGGUAGUAAUAAAGUAUUUAUCAUAAAUUAAA